GAAGAAGACAUGCAACAGCAAAUCAUCAGAGAGACAUUUCAUCUAGUGUCACGGAGAGAUGAUAACGUCUGUAACUUCUUGGAAGGUGGAACACUCAUUGGUGGCUCAGACUACAGACUGGUAUACAGRCACUAUGCAACACUGUACUUUGUAUUCUGCGUCGACUCCUCAGAAAGCGAACUUGGUAUUUUAGAUUUAAUACAGGUAUUUGUAGAAACACUGGAUAAAUGUUUUGAGAAUGUUUGUGAACUAGACUUGAUCUUCCACAUGGACAAAGUUCAUAAUAUUCUGUCGGAGAUAGUCAUGGGUUGGAAUCAGCGCAGCACCCCAGAAGGCUAUGUCGGCAGUAAGGAACUUAAGUCCAAACUUACAAAACUUAACCAAAAGCAACUUAAGUCUUCCCUCCAUGCCCUCCCUACCRCGUGGCAUUAACUUACCUUCAUUAUCCAAUUUUAAAUCAUAGAUUAAUAAUAGAUUAAUAUUAAGAUUAGAAACAUCAAUAGUCAUCAAUGAAAUCGAAAAUAUAGGGGAAAAAGCUAUUUUUCAAAAACAAUAUGUGGAGUGGGAUCCCUGUGUAGGCGAAUGAACAAGAAAACUGGAAACUAGUAAGUCACAAUUACUGGUUACYAGUCUACUUUCUAACACAGCCUACCCAAAUCAAAAUCUAAUWACUAAUUAGUAUAGUAAUGUAUGGACAUAACAAGGUUCAUAAAAUAUAAUAAGGAGCCUGAGAACUAUACUUAGAGAAUAUAGGUGUAGUUGCCAGGCCUUCUCUUUCCUUGAAUUACACAGAAGUCCCAAUUUACAAUUUCAUGGUCAUGUGAUUUUGACAUGGAAAUAAUUAUUACUUUUGUGAUGUACUAGCUGUAAUUAGUUGGGUUUUAUAUAAAAUGGAAAAUCAUAA